AUUUACAUAUAAAGCUCAGUAUCAAAAAUUGUCCUUGUUCAUUUCGGGAUCUUGACACUAUCACUAUACUUGGUAGAACGGUCGUUAAAAUUAGGCUUACAGGCAUAACAACUGUAUUGCUGCUUUUCGCGACUUUGUUGAUUGUCGUCGAUUGUUGUAGUAAAGUAGUAACAGUAGAGGCGCAUGGCAGAAAACGAAAGACUACGCUUCGGGAUUCAAAAAUGGAGCAAAGGACAUGUACAGGGCUUACAGUGACAUGAAGGAAUCAGACUGGAAAUACUCUGACAAGUAUUUCCACGCAAGAGGAAACUAUGAUGCCGCACAACAUGGAACUGGCGGGAGGCAUGCGGCAAAGGUCAUCAGUGAUGCCCGAGAGGUUUACGGGUUUUUCUUCGGCGACAGUCCCGCGGACAGAGCCGCUGAUCAAGAAGCCAAUGAGCAUGGCCGCAACGGAGGAGAUCCGAAUAAAUAUCGCCCGAGAGGACUUCCAAAAAAGUACAAGAAAUAAACGUAUUUUCUACUUACAACCUGAUGUAUCAUAUACUGGAAGGCUCUGACUUUGUUCUAAAUUAUACUCUUCUGUGAAAUACAUGUUUAUCAAUAUGGUAUAC